GUGUUGUUUUUAGGUCAAAGGUCAAAGAACUGCCGAUGUUCUUGUUUUGUUUUGUAAGCUUGAGAAGUGGGUAACUUCAUCAUCAGUCAACCACGAUUAUGGGUACUUCAUGGAGGUAGAAAAUGACCUGUCUUAAUCUGUUGCUCAUCAAAACAACGAAAUGAACCAGAAUGGAUGCCUUUGAAUUGAUCCUUCCCAUCAUUUACCAUUGAAGUCUUGAAGACACAGCUGUUUGAUCAAGUAAUAUGUUCAGGCCACCAGUCGCUUUUCGGUCUCCUGGACGUCAGGGAUAUGCAGUACAGUUCUCCCCAUACCUCCCGCAAAGAUUGGCCGUAGCGGCAUCUCAGCAUUUUGGUAUCGCAGGUAAAGGAAGCUUGUUUGUUAUUGAUGUUUUACCAGCCGGUGCUGUACUGUUAAACAGUUACGAAUGGAGUGAAGGUCUGUUUGACCUAGCCUGGUCAGAGUCUAACAAGAAUGUCAUUUUAUGUGGCAGUGGGGAUGGAUCUAUUCAGAUAUGGGACACGACACAGGCACAGGGUCCAGUUAAAGCAUUUAAGGAACAUACCAAAGAGGUUAAUGGUGUAGAUUGGAGUCAGACAAGAGACGAAAAUCUUGUGGUUUCAGCUUCGUGGGAUAAAACAAUCAAACUGUGGGAUCCAAAUCACCACCAAUCUAUAGCGACAUUUAACGGACACCAACACAUAGUCUACAGCGCCAAGUGGUCUCCCUACGUACCUGGAUGCUUUGCUUCAGUCUCAGGGGAUCACACCGUGCGGCUAUGGGACGUGAGGAAGCCAGACGCAGCAAGAAUGGUUAUCCCAGCAGCCAACUGUGAGAUCAUCACAUGUGACUGGUGUAAAUAUGACCAGAAUCUACUUCUCAUUGGAUCAGUGGAUAGUAAGAUUAGAGGCUUAGAUCUGAGGAAUCCCAAAGCUCCACUCUUUCAGCUUGGUGGACAUACACAUGCAAUACGGAGAGUAAAGUGUUCUCCGCACAAGAAAACUGUUCUUGCUUCCUGUUCAUAUGACUUCACGGUGCGGACCUGGGACUUUGCUCAGCAAACCACGCCACUAGAAACCAUCGAACAUCAUACAGAGUUCGUCUGUGGCUUAGAUUUCAAUCUCCACAUCCCAGGCCAGCUUGCUGAUUGUGGAUGGGACGACAGAACAGUUGUAUUCAGCCCAAAGUCACUACUUGAAAAUCAACCCACCGGAGCUACUUGAUAUUGGACAACGAGGGCGAUCUUCGAACCUCUCUUGACAGGGUGUAAAACAAAGGAAAAUCUAAGUACCUUGCAGCUGCUGAUUUGUUGCAAUUAAAAGCAGUGGUAGCAGAAUGAGUCCUUUGCUACAACAUUGCCUCUGUUCAUCGUGUGUAACAUUAUUUGCUUAACAGUUAUCAUAAUUCCAAGUAAUAAACCUCAAGGGAAACUGAGUGGGUAAAUAUUUCCAGUCAGUUUCCCAUGUGGUUUAUGACUUGAUAUUUUAAACAAAAAAAUAUAUCCCUCUCAUUAAUCCCUCUGCUGCUGCUUCCCAAAAUAGGAAGACCUCCAUUAUUAGAGCUCGACAUGCUCAGUUGGUAGAACUGGGCAUGACCACGGCAUUGGAGGUUCAAGUCCCACUCUGAUGAUUAAUUUUUCUUUGUUCUACCUAAAUUAAUUGUUAUUUGAUUGAGCUUUUCACAAAAGUGGUUUAUCGUGCAUUAUUUGUGAUUAUCAGAAUUCAUAGUCUGGAUGUAUGUAUUCAGUGCUUUAUUUGCUAAUAAAUGAAGUCUAGGUACCAGUCUUAUCAGUAUUUUAAUGCCCUUUUGGUACUUUUGCCGCCAAGAUCUUACUGUUUCUGUAUAAAUUAAAAUUGGCAUUUCUUAUUUUAUAUAGCAACGCGUUUAAUUUUAAUUUUAUUGCCAAGUGUGUGAAUUAAGUUUAUAUUUAAUCUUUACAAAGAAAUGAAGUUUCAAUAAAGUACAGCAAAUCUUCAUUUUAUGAGCAAGGUUGUAAUCAUAAACAUACACACAAAUCCAUCAGCCUCCUGCCCAGUGAUCUCUCCUCGCAAUUUUUUCUUCUUACUAAUGCACCAGAACUAAACAACACACACGGUAACUCGUGUCAACUCUAGGUUAAACCAGUGGGACAAACCUGGAAAACCUUAGAAGUCAUUGAGGUUACCAGGAGUUCCCACCUGGGGUGGACUGCUCAAAGAGUUAAAGACACUGGACACUAUUGGUAGUUGUCAAAGACCAGUCUUUUCACUUGGUGUAUCUCAACAUAUACA